AAAUCCCAAUUAAAUAAGCCAUUUUCCAAAAGACAAGCCGUGUGAUUUUGACUGCCAAAAUUCGAUCCCGUAAAUAGAGCUUCCAAAUUAUCCUUUCCCAUGCCUUACCACGAUCGGGCCAAGGCCCGGUUGGAACACGAGGUGACACUCCUUCGUCACGAGGUAGCCUCCUUGCGGUCCAAGCAAAACCAAAGUCGCAAGGCCCGCCAGAAUCAGGCGGCAGUGCAGGCGCGUCUGGAGCAGGAGAUCCAGGUGCUGCAGAAAGAACUGACCGCCAUCCGUUGCGAUCAGGAUAAGCGGGAGUGCGGUGGAGCCGAGCAGUGUUCCGCUUUGAACCAACAACUGGAGAAGCUGGACGAGCAUGUGGUGAAGCAGGAGAAGUACAUUGCCUUUCUGGAGGAGCAGAUCAACCACACACGUACAAAGUACCAGAGUCGGAUGGUUGAUGUCCGGCAGAAUGCCGAACUGGUCGAAAAAGAGCUGAAGAGGGUGCGCCAUGAAAUGAAGACCAUUGCCGAGGAAGCCGCCGAGUUGGACAGUCUGAAAAAGCAGGUGGGAUUCCUGGGAGCGAAGGUGGAGCGGCGUGAUUCUAUUAUUUCCAAGUACGAAGCCCAGCAAGAGGAAAUGAUGAGCGUCAUGGCGGGUCUCCAGAAGUUAUUUGAUGAAAAGAAGCGCAGCAAACAAAAACCUAGCAAUCAUUACAGAGUUCGAUUCCGCGAAGGGAAUAUUAUCGCUCCUGAAAAACCACCAGUUCCCAAAGUCAAGCCCAAGACUUCCUCGGUUGACUUUCAUUGCCUGUCCUCGGCGCUAAAAAAUAAGAUAAAUAGCCAGGAGCACCUAACUGCCGAUCAGUGA